AUGGAGCCAUGGCAGCGAAACAUUCGCAGGAUGCACCAAGUCAGCGAGGUCCUCGACCUCGACCCUCAAAAGUCCGACAUGAUCGCCGAUUUCGUCGCACUCAUCCAAGCAAUCCGCGAAGGGCUUACGCAAAUCGACGAUGAUUCCUAUAUUCCCGACUCGCAGAUCAAUAUGCUCUUUUUGACAAAGCUUAAAGAAUGUCCUGAUUGGAGUGACUGGGCAUCUGCCAUGCUGCGAGAUAGUCGGAUGUGCUCCUCCAAUCCUGCGGAGCAGGUGACCUUCCAGGAGCUGGCCCAAUUGGCCAUGGAGCAAGAGAAGAUCCGUCAGCCGCGGGGAAGGAGUGCAUGGGGUGGUGAUCAUGGUGCUGCCAAGAGAGGGUUUGCAUCGCCAUUGGAAGUUCCGGAAGAUCCUCGCGCUCUCACUCAGGACGAGAUCAACGCAUUCGUUGUUAAACAGAUGCAUAAGGAUGAGGCAUUCCGUAAUCGCAGUGGAAGUGUCCGGGGACAUGCUAAGCGGCCCAGUCAGGAGGAAAUCAAUGACUACGUGGUUGAACAGAUGCGUCGCGAACGGGAGCAAGCUACAAGGAAUCGAAGUUACAGCCAACCAAUGCAGGGAGGACCUGUUCAACGACCGGUGCAAAUGCGCUGUACCUUCUGUGGUGAUAGAAAUCACCAGCUUUCAAACUGCUGGCGGAGAUGGAGAGUUGCUGUGGAAGCUCCGAAUGGGAACUACUUGCCUAAACGUGUCGAGUACAGGACUGAAUUUCCGGGCCAACCACCCAUGUAUCGCACGGGUUUCACGCUUUUUUAA